AUGUCGUCCACAAUAUCUCUAAGUCCUGAGCACGACGAUUGGAGAUUUGAGGCAGAUUUCUCGGGACCUAGGGACGUGGUUCAGCUGAGUCGCAGAGCACCCGACAACACGACUUGUACGCGAUUAUGGCACAGAGAAGAAGAUAUCGGGCAAGGACAUUUCGGCGAGGUUUAUAUUCAGCGAUACACGGAUCCUGACACCGGGGAAGCACACCGCCGCGCGGUAAAGGAGAUUGCGUAUCCAGAGAUGUUCGUCAUGUUCCACGGAUGGUAUCAAGACAGUAACAAAACUAUGUUCAUAAUUACGGAUUAUGUUUCUGGGGGAAAUCUGGAUGAAUAUAUGCGAAGAGACAGACCGGGCAUUAAGGCAAGCUGCCGUGAAGUUACUAUACAGCUCCUAAAAGCAAUUGAUGCACUUCACCUACACUCGAUAUGCCAUCGUGAUUUAAAACCAUCGAACAUUCUUAUCGCUUCACUCACCCCAUUACUCAUCAAGGUUUGUGAUUUUGGGAUCGCAAAGUCAUGUUUCAAGGACGAUAGUUCUUUGAAAACCGAGGUUGGUACGGCAAAGUAUAUGGCGCCCGAGAUAUCAGGAUAUUUCCCAAGGGCACAGCUCGCCCAUACGAGAAGAUACACCGCAAUGGUAGACAUCUGGUCUUUGGGAAUGAUUUCACACGAGCUUUUUACUGGAAACUUGCCCUUUUGGAAUCCGAUUCCUUCUGAACCAGAUGAGGACUACUCCAUGUCCGGAAUUGAUCAUGGACCAUGCGACGAUGUUCUGGCUACGUCCUUUGAGCCUAGAGAAUUUUUAAAUUACUGUGAGGGAUCUCGCGCCCUUCCCGACAAUCAUUUAAACGUUAGUGCGGCGCCAGAUAUUUUCAAAGACUUUAUCAUAUCUUUAUUAAGACCCAAUCCAACGGAACAUCCAGAGGCAUGCAUAGCGUUGAAACAUCCUUGGAUUACUCGAACAAUGGCUAAGCUGGGUACUGCCCUUUCCGAUCUGUUCAUCGCCAGGUGUGCUCGUACUGUUGGUUUAGGCCCGAAACUACGUGACAAUCUAGAAUCAGAACCAGAUGACAAUUCGAAACUGGAACCAGGUGGAGACCCAGGAUCCGAACCAGCUGUUGGCUUAGACCCAGUCCCAUGGGGCGGCCGUUUUCAAAUGGGGUACUCCGGCGAGGAUUACUAG